AUGGACAUCGGCUCGACACCAUUUUCGCUUUCCUUAACAACCUUAGCAACCCCAAAAUCCGAGAUUUUUGCCCCAAACUCCUCGUCAAGUAGCAGAUUAUUCGACUUCACGUCCCUAUGCACGAUUGGCGGAUCACAAUCGUGGUGCAAAUACGAGAGCCCCUCGGCAGCACCCAAAACUAUACUAAACCUCGUGGGCCAAUCCAAAAGCCCACUCUUGUUGCCGUGCAGCAAGUCUCUUAAGCUCCCGUUCGGCAUGUACUCGUACACCAAGAGCUUGCUACCUCCCGCAUCGCAACAGCACCAUAACUUCACGAUAUUCUUGUGUCUGAUUUUCCCCAAUUUUUUUCACGGCGACGGCCUCCCCACUGCUCAGAACGACUUUGUAGACUUUACCCGAGGCUCCUCGGCCAAUCACGUUCGUCUCCUCGAGGCCGCUGCUAAUUUCGAGCUCGCUAAAACCGAGCUUGUGGAAAGAGGUCCACUUAGUUAUGGCAACUACUCCUUCGGCCGUUUGCUUCAGUUUCCUGUACCUCAGCAGAAACCAAACGAUCCCGACAAGGAAAACGAGGCCCAUUGUGAUGAAAACGGACCUCAGCACCCACGAAAAAACCCGAUUCGCUUUCUCCUCUUUGCGAUUGCAUGA